AUGUCGUUCAUCCAUCAGAAAUCGUGCGAAUGUGUGAAAACCGAAUUGGAUUUAUUCUCGUUACCACCCACUCAGACUAGUAUAGAGAACGGUAAGUGGAUUCAGUACAAGCCUAUCUCGUCUUUGACAGACGAUUCGCCUAUAGAGUUCGUCAUACCGGCUAACGGAGAAGAAUACACGGACUUGACGCAAACACUGUUACACGUCGAGGCGACAAUAGUGAAAGGCGACGGCACAAAAGUGGAAGAGGCGUUAGUGGAAGAAAUUGGUCCGGUAAACAAUUGGCUGCACUCACUGUUCAGUCAAGUGGAUCUGUUCGUCAAUCACAAACUGGUGUCACCGCAAAACAAUACGUACGCGUAUCGUGCCUAUUUGGAAAACCUACUGAACUACGGUGGUAGUGCGAAAAAGUCACAUCUCACGACUACGCUGUUCUACGAAGACAAAGCCGACAAAAUGGACGAUUGCGACAUUGCCAACGACGGACUGGUCAAGCGACGAGGAUUCGUCAAGAAGAGCACAUACGUCGACAUGGUGGGCAAUUUACAUCUGGAUUUGUGCAAUCAAGACAAGUUUAUGUUGAACGGUGUCGAAAUGCGAUUGCGUCUCGUCAGAUCGAGAAACUCGUUUGCCGUCAUGUCAAAAACUGCGACGGAUUGCAAGGUGCACAUUCGAGAGGCGAAACUGUGCGUCCGUCGUUGUAAGAUCAAUCCCGGCGUGUUGGUGGCGCACAGCAAGACGCUGGAGAGUGGCACGGCCAAGUAUCCGAUUACACGCGUGGAUGUGAAAUCCAUCACGCUGCCGAGUGGUAUCCUGGGCAAGACGUUGGACAGCGUGUUCCUGGGACAGUUGCCGAAACGUAUCAUCGUAGGACUGGUGGACAACGUGGCGUUCAACGGCGAUUUCAAGAAGAACCCGUUCAAUUUUCAACAUUUCAAUUUGAACUAUUUCGCUCUUUACAUCGACGGUGAACAAGUGCCCUGUAAGGCGUUGACACCUGCCUUCACGGGCGACUCAAAACUGUACGCUCUCGCAUAUCAUACGUUGUUCACCGGCACCGGAAUACAGUUCGCCGACAAGGGCAACGAGAUCGACAGAACGGAGUAUCCGAAUGGCUACUGCUUGAUGGCGUUCGACUUGACGCCGGACAUGUCGGCCGGUGAAUCAAGUCACUGGAACCUGGUGCGUAACGGUAAUUUACGCAUCGAACUGCAAUUCAAAGAAGCGUUGGCCGCGUCCGUCAACUGUAUAGUGUACGCCGAAUUAGACAACGUCAUCGAAGUGGAUCGACACCGCAACGUGUCCGUGGAUUUUAGUGGAUAA